CAGCUGGAAAAAAGUCAUGGGAGAUUCUGUGGCCUGUGGCAUCAUCAUGAAGAAUAUCUCCAUUUGCCCAGAAAUGCCCUACAAAGACAGCAAGACACUUCUGGUUGCUGUUUACAGCAUUGUUUUUGCCAUAGGACUUCCAGCAAAUUGCUUAACUUCCCUACUUACAUUUGUACAAAUCCAAAGGAACAAAGUAAUUGCCAUCUACAUUUUCAGUUUAUCACUGUGUGAACUGAUGUAUUUGAGUACCUUGCCUCUCUGGAUUAUUUAUGUCCAAGAUGAGCAUCACUGGAAAAUGGGUCUAGGUGCUUGCAGAGUUACAGGAUUCAUCUUUUUCUGCAACAUAUACAUCAGCAUUUUGCUCUUGUGCUGCAUUUCUGUGGAUCGUUAUGUGGCAUUGGUAUAUGCUUUGGAAUCAAGGGGGAAAAGGGGACAGAGAAAAGCAAUCCUAAUAGUAUGUUUUCUCUUUGCUAUCGUUGCAAUAAUCCACAGUCCUGUAUUUUCUAUGGAGGAUAAUUCCCUGAAUCUGAAUAACACGACUUGCUUUGAAACUUUUCCUCUUGACACAAAAUUGGCUUCUUUCAACUUUGCCAGAUUCCUGUUUGGAUUUGCCAUACCUUUCACAACCCUCAUCUUCACGAACUACAAAAUUUUCCAAAGUGCAAAAACAAGCACCAGUUUGAGUUGUCACCAAAAAGCCAAAGUGAAGUAUCUGGCUAUCGCCAUUAUUGUCAUUUUCCUAAUCUGCUUUGCUCCCUACCAUGUGGUACUCGUAGUAAGAUCCAUCUACUUUAUAUUUCAUCAAAGUUGUUCAUGUCCAUUUGAAAGAGAUAUAUAUUCAGUUUUUACAGUAUUUCUGUGUUUAUCAACUGCAAACAGCAUUGCUGAUCCAAUCAUCUAUGUGCUGGUUAGUGAAAGUGUCAGAAAAGAUUUUUACAGAACUCUGAGAAGAUGGAGACUGAACUCAUCCAAGCUGAAUUCAUCCAUUAAUCACAAGACUGAGAGUGGCAAAAUGAAAACUGGAGAAGAAUCACAGGAAGGAGUACUGAGAGAAGAAAACAAAGAUACAUCAAGUUCAUCCCACGUUCAGAAGACCUGUAUUAGUGGCAAAGAUCAAGCAGAUGGUAGCUAACAGUCUGCUGGCAACAAAUAAGAUGUUCCCAAGAUCAGCUGCAGGCUCCACAAUGCAACAUGUUAUUGACAUGGUGACAUCCUUCAGAAGCUUUGUCACAGUGCAUGGGCCAGCAUGCACUGCCAGUGCAUGGACACUGCCAGUCCUCAGUUCCUUGAGGACUCUAUGGAAGGGAUACUUCUAAUGUGUUUUCACUGGAGGAGAUAUCUGUUUGUCUCCUAUUGGAAAGUUUGCCCGCAAGUAUCAUCAGGGAAAACCUUGCUUUGCUAAGGACAUGUUCAAUAAAUGAUGUCAUUUACUUUAAGCCAAACUGAAAUCUUAAAAGCCUAUUUUUUGGACUAACCCUUUUCCUCACACAAAUUCAGAACCAGUUUCAUCUUCUGCGGUAGAAAAAAAGAUCCCUACUGAGGAGAACAAUAGAUCAAAUCCUCUAAAGUACAAAGGAGAGACCUGUAAAGUGUUGAAUGCUUGGAACUUCUGCUGAAAAUCAAACUUUCCAUUACUAAAAAACCAAGCAGCAAGCAUUGCUCGGAACAACUCCAGUCAGCCAGAGCAUCGUUGAGUCAUCUCUGAAGAUACAUAUGCAAACUGCCCUAACCUCAGGAUAUUCAUAGCCUAAAUGUAAGGCUCUGAUGAAUAAUAGCAGUGAAAUUAGAAGAAACAAAGGAGACACAGACUUCUAAACUGAUGUAAAUGGUUGCAAAUUGGAUACUCACCUUGAUGAAUUUAGAAACCUCUCUCUGCUUUUCCUCUAAUAAAAAGUUAGUGUAUUUAUAGCAACUGACAUUGGAGCCUAGUGUCAUAAAUGCAGGGGACAGGGAUUAGCAGGGUCUGAUGCAACAUGUGUAAUUCUUUUGCUUUGCCUAAUUUACUUGCAAUUUCACAUUACUAUGUAGUUUUGCAUCUUCUCUUAAGGAAAGUACUUGGACCUUCUUUGUUCAGGCACACUCUGAAAUAAAAUCCUUAGAGAUGGCAAAGCCCUGUGCAACCUAGUCUAACUCUGAAGGUGGCCUAGAUGAUCUCCAGAGGUCCCUUCCAACUUAAAUUAUUCUGUGAAAAAAUACUGAAGGGAUUACAGGGGCCAGAUACCAUGCAAGGUAUCCUCAAGGGGAAAUUGCAAAUCCUGACCUCUUUGGAUAAACAGAAAAGCAGUGUUUUACAUUUGAGUGAGGAAACCAAGAUAUGCUGUUUCCACAUUGUUAAAAUAUCGUAUCAGAUAAGCCAACUGUUUCUCAUGCGAUAAAUUGAAGCACAUGAUCUCACUGCUUGUCAAGUAUCUGACUAUACCACACAGACAAAUGAAGGAUCUCAACAUUGGGACACUUUCUACAGACCCAGUAAGGACUCUGCUCAUGUCAGAUCUGAAAGAUGGGUUGACUGGGUGGAUCUUUCCAUCAUUUCCUACUGCAAGGAAUUUACCUAUAAGCCUGCAAGGACUUUUUCGGUCUGUAAAGAUUCAUCUACUACAUGAAGUCUUCAGUUCUCGACCCAGCUAUCUGGAUCGGUCCCUUGUAGACUUCCAGCUUUCUCAACUCAGCUUAACUAUAACAUGCCCUGGAGAGAGUACAGGACCGAACUUAGGCAGUGCUUCCUAAUUUGAUUGCCACGUAAGGCUCACAGUGGGCAAGUGGCUCACCAGUGUAACGGGAGCCAGAUUCUGACAUCUCACACUAUUUUUUUACUCAGCAUCUA